AUGUUUAUUGGACAGGAUCGCGCUGGAAAAACCAGCUUAAAAAAAUCACUGAUGGGACAGCCUUUCAACCCAGAUGAAGGCAGCACUGUAGGAAUAGAUAUCGACCCUUCACUUUUUGAGAUUUCAACUGAAAUUUGGAGGACAGGGGAGAGAGAUCAGGAAAGAAUCUCUGAAGGAGGUAUUUCUUUCGAGCACCAUGCAGCUCGACUGGUUGUGAGCAAGCUGAACGAAGAAGAAAGUGUUCCCAGUGAAAGGACUGAAGAGGUGGUUCAGUGUGAAAACACUCCACUGACUGACACAGUACACUCAAAUGUUCAAGCAGGCGGUGUGUCAAAUCAGACAACUGCAGAAGUGCGUACUAAAAACAGCCAUUACAAUGGUCCAUUCCUUGACAAUGUUAUAGGAACCCAAAAUAGUGAGAUGACAGAAGGUACAGGAGAAUCUCAUCAGAUACCUGGGAAAGUAGAAACUGAUAAAACCGAUUAUGUUCUGGACGAGACAUUGCCAAUGCUACCCGACGCAACCCAGACUAGGUUGGAGGACCCAGCCUCACCAAAGAUACCAGAAGAGGUGGAACGCUUGAUCAAAAAGCUUUUGCAGAAAGGCAACAAGGAAACAGAUGAAGAGGAUGGCAUUUAUUCUGUACUUUGGGAUUUUGGUGGUCAAUCAGUGUACUAUACAACUCAUCCACUCUUUCUUACAACAAGAGCAAUUUACCUUCUGGUUUACGACCUCAGCCGAAAUCCUCAUGAAACAGCCAAGCCUGUUGUAAAACAGGGAUUGUUCAAGAAAUUUGAAGACUCCUUCAGCAGAAAAACCAAUUUAGACUUCCUAGAUUUCUGGAUGAAUUCCGUUGCUUCUCUGGUCUCUCAAGGCGAGGCUGGUCAGAUAAAUUCUGGUCCUAGAUCUGAAAUUCUGCCAGAGAAACUUCCCCCUGUGUUUCUGGUUUGCACACACGCAGAUGAUCCUUACGACGGGAAAGAACCUCUGGCAACAGCCCUUGAGGUGUUCGGCUCAUUACACUCCAAACCGUACAAAAGCUUCCUGUAUGAUGAUGUGUUUGUUGUGGACAAUAGGAAAUCUGGCCUUGAAUUCGAGUGUUCAGAGGUCGCACGCUUGCGUGAAAAAUUGCUUGCUGUUGCCAAAGAGCUUCCACAGAUGAAAGAAGUUAUUCCGAUCAAAUGGUUGAAAUACGAGAAGGCUAUUCAAGCCGCUGUUGAAGAGGGGCACAAAUGGAUUUCUCUCGAAAGAGCUAAACAUAUUGCUUCUGAAGUGUGCAAAAUUUAUGAUAAUCAAGAGUUUGUGACGUUGCUGAAUUUUUUCCAUGACCAGCGGAUUUUGAUUCAUUUUGAUGAAACUGCGGUGUUGAACAGUUUGGUUAUCUUGGACCCUCAAUGGCUCAUCGAUGUGUUCAAGAAGGUAAUAACCGUUCAACCUUAUGUCCAUGAAAAUAAGGAAGUCAAAGACCGGUGGCAUAAACUUGAGACGACAGGCAUACUAGAUGAAUCACUUCUACAACAUGUCUGGGGUCCUUUGAUAGAUCACCAAGACACAUUUGAGAGCCUCAUUGCGAUCAUGGAGAAAUUCAGCUUACUUUGUCCAUGGCCUGUAUCAGAUUCGUCAUGUACCAAGGAGUACUUGGUGCCAUCCAUGUUGAUGUCAUACCCACCGCAGGACAUUAUCAAGUUGGUUGCUUCUGCCAGAAUUCCCUCUCUUUUCCUUAGGUUUAAAUCAGGACAAGUUCCUCCUGGUCUGUUUCCCCGACUCAUCUUGCAGUUUUUUCAGUGGGGCAAAACUGAAUUUUGGAGCCCAGUAAACCCCCAGAUGUACCUCAAUUUUGCCAGGUUUCACACAUUUGGGGACCAAGACUGUUCCGUGGUCCUCCGGUGUCACUCUGGGUCCAUUGAAGUUGUUGUUCACCGAGGGAAUCUUGUGGUCGAGUCUAUGGAUUCCUUGCACUCAUCGCCGAAUUCUUCUACAAGUGGCCACUAUGAUGCAUUUGAAGCUGCCUGUGCUCGUGCUGUGUGUAGACAGUUAGGUUUGAUGCUCGAGUGCAUGCGGAAUGAAUUCCAUUGGUUAAGGAAUAUGAAGUAUGAGCUAGGUGUCAUCUGCCCGGUCUGUUCCCAGGGAGGUCUGAUCAACUACUGUCGUACUCAUCACAGGCAGGGAUGUGAACGAGAGGAAUGUCUGCACUUCUGGUCUGAGUCAGAGUUGAGCAGUGCUGACAGGGUUGUCUGCACUAAGGAGGCAGCUGCAUUAAAUAACAGAGUUGAUGCCAAUCUGUUUGCACCUUGGCUUGCAGCAGAAGGUAAACAGGUGAGCACGGUGGUACAAUGACUAUUUGAGAGGGGCUGAAGUCACUAAAAUCACUUGUCCCGUGGUUGACCGUUGAUAAUUACUAAGAAACCUUCUGAUUGAGUACGAGGACAAGUGGUAUUUAUGUCUCCUUGAUCGCUAAGGAGGCGUUAGGGGUAAGAUUAGCUUGACAAGUGAUUAUCCUAACCUCAAACUAGUUUUCUCAGCUCUUAAUCGUAUUUAAUCUCUUACCCGCUACCAAAUAGGGAGGACCCUUUGAAUUUAUUAAGAGUUAGUUUCUAAAGAGUCUCGUUUCGUUUUAACGUGGGAGUGAAAACACAAAAAUUUGUUUUAAUCAACUUAGUUGAUAUGAGGCUAAGUAAAAUUUGUGCUUGACGCUCUUCUAGUAACUAUGCCGCUAAUCUACACUCUUUUACUUAGUCGCCUUUAUCAUUUGAAUAUGAUUACAUUUUUGAGUUAAGUAAUAACUGUGUAUUCAUCAACCCUCUCUGUACACUAAAUAAUUUUUUUUCAUUUCCGUGAUCAUCAAAGUUAGCGAUUGAUGAACAUGAUGGAAGACGUAGACUACCUGAUAAUGGAGGUACGUUUCAACUAAUUAACAAUGAUUUAACAGUCGCUAGCCCAUUGGUAGUAGAAAUGUCGAUACGUGAUGCUGAUUUCCGUAAAAUCUCAGACCUUUUACAUGAGACGAUCCGCAACGACGAAAUCUAGUGCAAUACAAAGUUGCAAUGUUCGAACAAUGCUGCAACUAUUCGAAACAAUGUCGCAACAAUGUUGCAACUCUUUGUUGAGCUAAAAAUCGUCGUUGCGAAUCGUCUCGUGUGACAUCACCUUAAUGAAGGAAGAGGGUUCAGUAAUGAAGAACACUGACUGCAAAAUUUCUCUCGACUGGAAAAGAGUUCUGAAAAUAGACUGAAAAUGUAACGUGCUGUGACACUUUUUGGUACCAGAUGGAGGCUCCGAUCCGGGGUGAUUGGUGAUUGGUUUGUCAAAGGUCUAACUUCGCUCUCCGUCAAUUCCUUUUUCGUUUUUCGUUAGAUUUAAUGGUCAUUAGAAUAAAACUAUGAUAGAAAUAAGAAUUAUUGUUCCUUACCUUUCAUUUUACUUUUUCUUUUAACUGGGCCGCCUAGAUGAGCAAUUGGUAUUUUGCGGGCCAGUUUAUUGUAAUACCAUUUCUAAUAAAUAAAGUUGAAGUUGAAGCAGUUGAAGUUAUGGGUGCUGGCAACAUAUCUUGCAGGAAAUGAAAAUACGUGGAUUGCUAUCCCUGAUACGAUAAUGGAAUCACUGCUGUCAGCGUCAUGUGAGCCCAGGGAAGUUGUACAUCAAUUGAAACUGAGUCUUCAGUGGGACCAGGCCUCCUUGGAAGAUCCGACGCCUGAGAACAAGAGAUUGAUUCGUUACUUGGCAACGAAGGCUAAACAUUCAAACAGGCUUGACGUGGUCAAGCACUUGAGAGAGAUCACACCAGCUGGGACCACAGGUGAACUGCAAGAGUCAUGCAUUGUAUUAUUUCGAGGUCAAACCGUGGCGUAGUUUUAAGAGCACUCUCCUUAGGCCGAUUUAGACGGUACGAUUUUUGCUUACGACAAUCGUACGCGACUAGCAUACGUCGUUACUUUCGACCAACCACACGCGCACAAUUUUCACUUACGACAUCCACAUGUGUCGUACGAAUGUCGUGUGUCUAAUUUACACGAACCGAUUUGUCCUUAGGUCAUGACGAUAGUCUUAAGCAAAACUCGUGCCGUCAAAAUUGGCGCUACCGGUGUAGCCUGGGUUUGCAUCUUGGAGUCGACGCCAUAUUUGGGUCAAGUUUGCUGCUUGUUCUCAUUCUUAUUAUCCUGGUGCAGGGCUUUAAAAAACUCCUGUCAGGUCGUCUGGGACAAGUAGAUUUUUUCUUCGGGCAAAUAACUUUUUUACCUCACUUGUCUUGUCUCUGGUAACUAAAUCAUUAGCUAGGGCAAGCAAGCAAUGGCCCUUAGCAAGCAAAAUGUGAGAGCUACUUGUGCAAAGGACAACAAUUCUUUCCAAUCUAGAAUGCACACCCUUAACAGAAGUUUCUCAAAACAAAUUACAAUUAUAAUUCUAGCUCGACUUCAGUUUUCAGAACGUUUUGGUGCUCAAAUCGAAAAUAGUAAUCUUUUCGUUUUUUCUUUUCUCCUUCUUCCCUUCUUCUAGCUAUCUGUAUUUUCCCUUUCUUGCGAUUUUCGAUGAUAUCGGACCCCAAAACUCGCAUUUCAGCCUCACUCCGGUCAAAUGGCUACAAUAUUCGGCAGCUACGUUUUCAAAAGUCUAGCUAGAAUUACAUGUUGCUCUUGUCAUAGAAAGAAAUUUACACUCUAUGUAGGCUGGUCUCUGUGAUGUCAGGGAACUAAAAGUAUUGCUUGUUACUGCUCUCUGGAUGUAGUUUUAAUUCAUCCGGACUAACUCUUUGUCGGGUGUCAAGAUAAUAUGCAGCGAAGUUUGUUGUCUGAGGAGGGCCACGUUUGCUGGCACGAGGUUUUGAAUGGUUGAUUUUGAACUCGUACCUGCUAGUUUGUUAAUUACAUCGUCGCAAUGUUUCUGCCUUUUGUAGACGCCGUUUCCGAUCACGUUGAUUUUUUAUUAUAUUUCUAGGUCCUCUGUUGUCCGAUCACCUCGAUAUUCGGAUUAUCCCUGUUGGUCAGAUGAGAGAAAUCACCAUUUAUUUGAGCGGUUAGUAUAGUACUCACAGGCAGCCAAGGAUUAGUAAUGAUGACUAUGAAUCAGGGUUCUUCUUAACCUUUAUACCAUACCUCUUCGAAAGGUGAGCUUGGCCUGUCUGUGACUUUGUCAUUUUCGGCCUGGAACAGGUGUAUACUGUUGCCACCUCCAUUUGUUUUUCUAUCAUAAUCAAUACUGAAUGGCCAGCUAGACGAGCUGUUUAACAUUUAAUUUUGGCUAAGUAUGUAGAAAAUUGCAGCGCAAAACUCGAUUACACUGAAAGUGAGAAUUCCCUGUGAGGUGUUUUUGACAAUUCCCAUAGUCUUGAAACGAUAUACUUAUAGAAUUACAUCUAAGCAUUUUGUAAGAAGGAUUAACGCUACCAACACAACUUUUCUGCGACUACCAGUCGUCUUUGGUAAGCUCGAUUGUUUUAACAAGUGUUAUUGUGGAUCGUCGAUUUGACCUUGAAGACUUGUGAAAAAAUCUGAGAAAAAAUUCUUCUUAUCAAACGUUUAUAAAAUAAUGAUAAGAUGAAAAAGUAAUUCGUUUCGUAUUCUUAAGAAAGCAAUUUGAUUGUUUUUGCCAAUCACCGAACUGCUUUGGAUCGGUGAAGCGUUCCCCAUUCAUCUAUUUCUAUGUAAGAAAUUAUCGUUAUUUUUUUAAAUGUUGGCAGGUGGAGAUCAAUGGAAGGACGUUGCUGAAAAACUGGGAUUAUCGCCAAACGAGAUUCGUUUUCUUGAGAGAAGAACACUAAACCCAUGUGACGCUACACUGGCGUUCGUUUCUCAGCGGUCUUAUCUAAAUGUGGGAUGUCUGUAUGAUGUGCUUACUGAGUGUGGGCUGCCUGUGAUAGCUGAUUUGUUAUGAGGCGACGUCAUAAACUUACCACGGCUUUUACUGAUCCGAGACUUUAAAUCAAUCCUGCCAAGCUAAUAUGGGCUUCCUGUGAGACGUUUCUCGAAAUGCUUGGCUUGACUUAGAGGUGUUUAAACGGAAAAGAGUAAUUUCUGACCCGUUUAAAGCAGACUCUCUCAGGGAUAAAACCACUUUAUCUGCAAUAGCAGUAAUAGUAGCUAGUGUUAACUUUAUUUUAUGUGGUCUAAUACACUUAGCCCAUUACAGUAUUGUAAGUAUCGCUAUUUUCCAUGUAUUGCCACAAAAAAUAUAUCAUAUAAAAAUCUGGGAAUACGUAUAGUAUUAAAAUAAAAUAAAACUUUGUACG